CACACUCCCAAACUCUCCUUAGCAGGGCAUACUUGCUUUAUUGAUCAUAAUAUUGAGAACCAUCAAUUUCUGUUCUUAAAGUUGAGCUGCUUUGGACCCAACCUACAUAAGAGACUCACCUUUUAUAGACUGCAAAGGAAUUUUAUGUCAUCAUGUCAUUGAGUGGAGCAUUUAAGGCUGUUAACAAAGCCCCUGGGCUAAUUAUUUGGAGAAUUGAGAAAAUGGACCUGGCUUUGGUGCCACAAAAAGCUCAUGGGAAUUUCUAUGACGGUGACUGCUACCUCCUGCUUUCUACUCGAAAAUCUGGCAGUUCACUUUUGUAUGAUAUCCACUAUUGGAUUGGGAAGGACUCUUCCCAGGAUGAACAAGGCUCGGCAGCUAUAUAUACCAUUCAGCUGGAUGACUAUUUGGGGGGUAGCCCAGUGCAGCACCGUGAAGUCCAGAAUUAUGAGUCUGACACCUUUAAAGGCUACUUUAAACAAGGAAUUAUCUACAAGAAAGGAGGUGUAGCAUCUGGAAUGAAACAUGUGGACACAAACACGUAUGAUGUGAAGAGACUUCUGCAUGUUAAAGGAAAGAGGAACGUCACCGCUACAGAGGUAGAAUUAAGCUGGCUCAGUUUUAACCUUGGAGAUGUUUUUUUGCUGGACCUUGGGAAAGUUAUUAUUCAAUGGAACGGACCUCAGAGCAAUACAACAGAGAGAAUGAAGGGGAUGUUACUAGCUAAAGAUAUCCGGGAUCGGGAGAGAGGAGGACGUAUGGAGAUUGCAAUCGUUGAAGGGGAUCAUGAACAAGAGUCACCAGAAUUAAUGAAACUUAUGAUCAGUACACUUGGAGAAAGGACCAAUAAAAUUGGCCAAGGGACUGCUGAUGAAGUUGCAGACCAAAAACAGAAAUCCAAUAUCAUGUUGUACCAUGUUUCAGAUGCUGGUGGCCACAUGGAGGUAACAGAAGUGGCUACACGACCAUUAGUUCAGGACUUAUUGAAUUCUAAUGACUGUUACAUUCUGGAUCAAGGAGGAACCAAAAUAUAUGUUUGGAAGGGCAAAGGUGCCUCAAAGCCAGAGAGGCAAACUGCAAUGUCUAAGGCUUUGGAAUUCAUAAAAAUGAAAGGUUAUCCUCAGAGCACUAAUGUGGAGACCAUAAACGAUGGAGCAGAAUCAGCUAUGUUUAAACAGCUCUUCAAGAAAUGGACUGUAAAAGAUCAGGCUGUUGGAAUGGGAAAGGCCUUCAGCGGUAACAAGAUUGCAAGGGUCAGCCAGGAGAAAUUUGAUACCUCAUUACUUCACGCUAAACCGGAAGUGGCCGCUCAGGAGCGGAUGGUGGAUGAUGGCAGUGGCCAAGUAGAGGUUUGGAGGAUAGAGAAUCUGGAGAUGGUUCCUGUGGAUUCCCAGUGGUUUGGCUAUUUUUACGGCGGUGACUGUUAUUUGGUGCUGUACACAUACCACGUGAACAAGAAAGCACACUAUGUACUCUAUAUCUGGCAGGGACGCCGCGCCUCUCAAGAUGAGCUAGCGGCCUCUGCAUUCUUGGCAGUGCAGCUUGAUCAGGAUUUUAAUGGGGAGCCGGUGCAAGUGAGAGUUUGCAUGGGCAAAGAACCUCGUCACUUCAUGGCAAUAUUCAAAGGAAAGCUGGUUAUAUUUGAGGGAGGCACUUCACGGAAAGGGAACCAAGAGCCAGAGCCCCCAGUCCGACUCUUUCAGAUUCAUGGUACUGACCCUUCAAACACCAAAGCUGUCGAAGUCCCUGCAUUCUCCUCUUCACUAAACUCAAAUGAUGUGUUUCUGCUAAAGACGCAGUCAGAGCAUUACUUAUGGUAUGGAAAGGGCUCCAGUGGUGAUGAACGGGAAAUGGCCAAGCAGUUGGCAGCAGUCAUAUCUGAUGGCAGCGAGGAGACACUGGCAGAAGGACAGGAGACUAUAAAGUUUUGGGAGUUACUGGGUGGGAAGGCCCCAUAUGCUAAUGACAAAAGACUUCAGCAGGAGGUAUCCGAUUUCCAGCCACGUCUUUUUGAAUGCUCUAACAAGACCGGACGCUUUAUUAUGACUGAGGUCACAGACUUCACACAAGAUGACCUUGAUCCAAGUGAUGUCAUGCUUCUGGACACAUGGGAUCAGAUAUUCCUGUGGAUUGGAUCUGAUGCCAAUGAGGUAGAGAAGAAGGAAGCACCUGUGACUGCCGUAGAGUAUCUUAAGACACAUCCUGGUGGCAGAGACUCUGAGACAUCAAUAAUUAUUGUUAAACAGGGGUUUGAGCCACCAAUCUUUACUGGAUGGUUUCUGGCCUGGGAUCCACACAAAUGGAGUGGUGGAAAGUCAUACGAAGAACUGAAGAAAGAACUGGGAAACGCUGCAGCCAUUACCAAACUGACACAGGAUAUGAAUGGGUUAUCUCCUAGCACCCCAACACCCAGCAACAGCUACCAAUGUUAUCCCCUAGAUGCGCUGCAAUGGAAACAGACAGAUGAGCUGCCUGAGGGGGUGGAUCCUACAAAGAAAGAGAAUUACCUUUCUGACCAAGACUUUAUUUCUGCUUUCGGAGUCACCAGGGGAGAAUAUUCUGCUUUACCUACAUGGAAACAAUUGAACGUGAAGAAAGAGAAGGGACUGUUUUGAGACCAAACUAUAUACUGCACUACCUUGGGCAUUAUCUGCCAUUGUUUUAUAAAGAGACAAACUGGUCAUAAAAUACUUAAGUCAUUUAGCAUGACAACACAUUACAUACCAUAGCAGCUAAUCCCCACCAUGUGACACCACAUUCUACAAUAUGAGUUUUUGUGCUUUGGUACGUUGAUCAGUUUUAAUCAUGUGAAGUAUUAGUCAAGCAUAUGCAAAGGCAACCAAGCGCAUGGACCCUACUAGCCAAUAAACAUCAGCUACCUUCAUUUCAUAUUUGCCAAACUGACAAACCAUGUUCUAGGUGCUUACAUUGAAGGAAUAAGGAAUCUACCAUCUAUGAAUAGCUUAAUCACAAGUCUGCUAAGAGUCCUGGAACCAACUGCAGUAGAUAUAUACAACGAUCUUUAAAUGUCUAUUUCUAUGCACUGUAUGAGCGCUAAUAAUUAAAUAUAUUGUUACAGCUUUAAAAA